UCAGAGCCGUUCGCUGACUCCUUCUUUUCCGGUACGCUCCAUCGAGUGACUGUGUCGUAUUUAGUUUUAGCUGUAAUUAUAUCUUUCUCCAUCUUCCAACAUGAGGAUUUAUAAGGAUCUUUUCACCGGAGAUGAAAUGUUCUCCGAUACAUAUAAAAUGAAGCUAGUGGAUGAUGUGCUGUACGAAGUAUAUGGCAAGUUAGUCACUCGUAAAUCUGGUGGUGACAUUAAUAUUGCCGGUUUUAAUCCCUCUGCAGAAGAGGCUGAUGAGGGCACCGACGAUGUGGUAGAAUCUGGCGUUGAUGUAGUAUUGAAUCAUCGGCUUCAGGAAACAUUUGCUUUUGGGGAAAAAUCUUACACCUUGUACCUUAAAGAUUACAUGAAAAAAUUAGUUGCAAGGCUAGAAGAAAAAUCACCUGAUCAAGUAGAUGUUUUUAAAACCAAUAUGAACAAAGUAAUGAAGGAUAUUCUGGGUCGUUUUAAAGAGCUACAAUUUUUCACCGGUGUUUCAAUGGACAUUGAUGGCAUUGUGGGCCUCAUGGAAUAUCGCGAAAUCGACGGCGAAUCUGUGCCUGUACUCAUGUUUUUCAAGCACGGUCUUGAAGAAGAAAAAUUCUAAGUUAUUUUUAGAAAAAAUAUUCAAUACAAUAUGGACAAAUUUUAUAAACUGGAAUCAAGACUGUACACAUGCUACAAAGCUGUGGAAUUUAGUUAAAAAUAUAAACCGAUUCAAUACUUCCAAUCUUAGUUAACAAUGCAAUUAAUUAAACACUGCGUAAAUAAAAUCUCGGUUAAAUGACAAUUUCUCAAUAAAUAGUUGUAAAUACUCAGAAAUAAGAGAAGAGAUGGCAACAACAGGAAUGUUCGUAAAAAUGUCUGUCGCAGAAAAUAUAUUAUUUUCGUUUCUUUGUCCAAAAUUUAGAUUAUUUUAUAUAUAUAUAUAAAUCUAUAUGAAGUAUAAAUAAAAAUGGAAGAUGGGGAAAGAAUGUGCAGCGCGAUGGAUUUACAUCAAUGAUAUAAUGUUUACAAUUAUUGUGUUAAUACCAGUAAUGACUUCUGGAACACAUAUUCGAACACAUAAUGUCUAUCAUAAAUAAAAAAAUUUUUCCAUAA